ACCUGUAGUGGGUGUAUCCUGUCUGGGCUUCUGUCAUAUAAACAGGGAACAGCCUCAUUUGAGGACUCACAGGGUGCUGCCACAUACUUAGCAGACCGGUCUGGAGAAAGCCUGACAUAACUCCAUAUCAGAGCAACAUGGCACAGACUAAACUGGAAGCUAGGAGCCCUUUAAUGGAGGCAGCUGUGGGGUUUGCACUGGGAGCUGUGGGAGGCUGCAUACUAGGAGCCACAGAGGACCCAGUGGACAAGACCCUGGCAGUGAUGACUACAGUGGAACCACUGAAACCAGUGAUGGAGGAAGUCAGGAUAGUGGGUGCUCUUGGGCUGGGGACCCUUAUUGGAGCCACAGCACUGACGACAGCGAUGACCUCAGUAGUAGCUGGUGUGAUUCUGGCAGCAGCAGUAGCUUCAGUGUUUGUGGCCACAAGGAGCUGCGGGGCCUCCCACACACAUUCUGUUGGCUUGUGGGCAUCAGCAGGACUGGCCGGGGCUUUUGGGACUGCUCUCAGUGGAGCCACACUCGGGGUUGCGGUUGAAUGGAUUGUGAAGAAUUAUGGCAUGGUGGGCCUUCUGUGGGCGCUGAGCAUAUUCAGUGUGCUCAAACCACCCCUGCACUUUGUAUUUAAGUUCCUCUGGAAGCAGGGAGAGGCCUGUUGCACUCUGGGAUCUGAAACAUUGGCCAGGGAGAGGAAGCAGAUUGAGAUUACAGAGUCUCAGCAGAGACAGAGAGUGGCUGUGCAGAUAGAGCAAAGGAUCCUGACGCUAGAGAAGGGAGGUAGCAACAGCGGGAUGGAGCACCAGACGACAUGGGCCAAUGAGCGAAGGCAAAGAGAGGAGAUAGAGAGGAAGAAGAUGGAGAGUGAAGAGGCAGAGAUGGAGCAACGAACCAUCCAAGACUGGAUCAACAGCGUAGUGGUCAAACAUGUGGACUUCUUGGCUUUCUCAGGGAUACCCAUGACAGUGGUUGCUGUAGUAACAUCAGGGUUUGGGGUGUUUGGUUAUGGAGGCCACCCAUCUGUGUUCAUAGUGCUUCUGGUUUUAGUUGCGGUCAUAGCCUAUCUGCUUCUGAAAUCUUCUGACUUUAAAUUCUGGAUGUUGGUAGGAUGCAUGGGAAUGCUGGCAACGUUUGUCAUCGCCAUGCUUACACUACACGCCGGGCAGGUGGUUGUAACAACUGCCAUGAAGAUGCAAGCAGCAGGGCAGAAGCAGUCCAGAGAAAAAAUCAGUGCUCGAAUGAACCACCAAUCCUGUCUGGAAGCACUGAAUGCAGCUUUCUUUGUGGCAAAGCUGUGUCAACUGGGUUUAGGGGCCACGGUUGGGGGGCCGUUGGUCAGGCGAGCAGCGGGAGAGGUGAAAGUCAUUGUAGGGGCAGCUUUACUGGCGGGGGGUUUACUGGCUGUGGUGGAAGUUUUAGCCCCAGCUCUGGGAGAAGGGGGGAAAGCUGGGGCACUGCUGGGGGUGGUGGGGGCAGCUGGGGUGUCAGUGGGUGCAGCAGCAGCUGUGGCUGGAAGGUGGUCCACAUGGCCAGGAACUCUGGGAACAAUAGCAGGGUUGGUUAUUGGGGCAUUAGGAAUGGGAAAAGGGCAUAUUGUCAACAUUGGACUGCAGGUGCCUGUGGCCUACGUUUUCGCCAUGACCAAUCCAUUUUAACACAUCAGCAAAUCCCAUGUGCAUACUGGAACCAACACUGAAUCUGUGUGUGUGUGUAUCAAAGUCUGAUACACUACCAGUCACUACCAAUUUUAGAACACUAUCAAUUUUACCAGUUCCUGAAAUUGAAAUAAUUCAGUGUCUCAGUGUUUCUGAAAUUAAAGCAAAGAACAAAUAAACAAUUGGAUAUUUUAAAAGAAUUUUAAAAGAAUCAUUGAAUCUUCUUGUUGAGCUAAACUGAAUCUAAAUGUUUGACUCCAGCAGCUGAACACACUCCUCACCUUCUUUCUACAAUGGAUCAGAAGUUCCCACACAUUUGUGUCCAGUUCAUCCCAGACCAGUUCCAUGGGGUUUAGGUCUGGAGACUGUGCUGGUCUUCAUUAUGUGAAGCCACCUUCUGGUUCUGAUCCACUAAAGUCCUGGGUCAUGAUCUUGCUGUAGCACAAAGUCUUCUUUGUUCCUGUCUCGUUCUCUCCACUCUGAGAGCAGUACACAGUCCUGCUUCCUGCAGCGCAGUACUGUCGUGAUGAAGCUUCAGAGGGUGUAGUAACACACUUUGUUCCAUCACUGCCUUUGUAUAGACAGAGGGUUGGGAAGUCACCAGCUGAAGUUGUCUCACCUGUAGGAAUUGUUUGCUGCAGGAAACUGGAAGUGAAGCAGUUUCUUCCCCAACAUCCCCAGCAAAUACACCUUUCCUCCUGUUUCUUUGACAAUAACUCCAGUUUUAGGAAAUUACAGAGUGUUUUUAAGCAAUGAAACUAUGUAUGUGUGGGGUAUUUUUUUAAAGAUUCACAUUCUCGGUAGGAACCAAUGGGCUUGGAGCUGACAGACAGAGUAGAGAAUGUCUGAACAUACCGACAGACAAGAUCUUUUCAUGAUUUCAGGAUUUGUUGAAAAUAAGUCAUACUAUCCAUUACACUGGAGUGGAGCAGAAGAGGACAUUUGAUGUGAAAUGUUCAUUUAGUGUUUUUAUAAUGAAGCUGACAAUAUAUCAUGAGAACAUGAAGUUGCAACAAAAUGAAUAUCUGAACAGGAGUUAAAGAAAUUAAUGUUUGUUAUGCUCUA